CUUAUUUUCCAAAGGAAAUACUAUACACUCCAUGAGAAGACUCUACGAGUCGGUAUAAAAAUCAUAAUUUAUGCUCUAAAGGCACCUUCUUCAUCCCCCCUUCUUCAAGUCAUCCCUAAACAGAGCACAGAAAGCCCUGCCUUUUUUACUCUGUCUCUCACAUCACACCAUAAUCAUCCACCGAAACAAAUCCAGACCUUUGUUCCCAGUCCAUCUCUUUACUGGAAUAUUGGAUCUUGCUUUGUUAAUCUUUAUUAUUUAUUAUUAAUCUAAUAAUAUUGCCAUUUUUGUUAAUAAAGUUUUUGUUUUUUUGAUUUGUAACGAAUCAGAGCUUCCUUUCUCAAUCCCUAUCAAAGAUGUCGACUAGAAAACCUUCAUACACAAACCCAAAACCCUGCAAGCACCUUUCAGCUUACAAGCUCAAACAUGGCUUGAGUGGCUAUAAAUCACUCCAAAAGUGCCUCAAGACCACCCCAAAUGGAAGGACAAGUGUUCAGAAUCCUGGCACAGAGAUACCCAGAUGCAGUUCCUGUAAUGGGUAUCAAGGUAGACUCUAUAUUUGUUUGAUUUGCUCUUCAAUCUCAUGCUCAAGCCACGCCCUUUUGCAUACCCAGUCUGAGAUUGGCCACUAUUUAGCUGUGGACAUUGAAAGGGCUGAGCUUUAUUGCUGUGCGUGCUCUGAUCAGGUCUAUGAUCCUGAUUUUGAUAAGACUGUGAUGUCUAAACACAUGGUGGACUUGCCAUAUAGCACAAAUAGUGCAGACAGUAUAGGAGAGAGACUGUGUGAAAGGAAGAGGCUGGGUUCAGGUGUAGAAUUAGUGGAUUUGAAGAAGGCCGAAAAGUCGGCUUUGACGAGAGAUCAGAGGGCUAAAUCAUGUUACCCAUUGGGUUUGAGGGGAUUGACUAAUUUGGGCAAUACUUGUUUCAUGAAUUCUGUGUUGCAAGCACUACUACAUGCACCUCCUUUGAGAAAUUACUUUUUGAGUGAUCGGCAUAACCCCAAAACAUGCCGGAAAAGGACUGCGAAUCGGCUGUGUUUGCCUUGCGAACUUCAUGGUAUUUUCUCGGCUGUGUAUUUGGGGGAUCGGACUCCUUAUAGCCCGGCUCAAUUUCUUUACAGUUGGUGGCAGCAUUCAGAAAAUCUGGCAAGUUAUGAGCAGCAGGAUGCUCAUGAGUUCUUCAUUUCAGUCUUAGAUGGGAUCCAUGAGAAAGAAAGCAAAGCAAGGAACCAAACUAGAGAUACCGGAGAUUGCCAGUGUAUUGCUCAUAGGGUAUUCUCAGGACUGUUGAGGUCCGAUGUCACUUGUAUGACUUGUGGAUUCACCUCAACAACUUAUGACCCUUGUUUGGACAUAUCACUCAACUUAGACACAAGCCAUUGUUCUUGGUCAGAUGCAUCUAAUAAGCCCGUCAAACCAAAUGACAACAGCAGUUCAUCUACUCUUUUAGGUUGUUUAGACUUGUUUACAAAACCAGAGAAGUUGGGAUCAGACCAAAAACUGUACUGUCAGAACUGUGAAGAAUUGCGAGACUCAUCGAAGCAAAUGUCCAUCAGAAAGCUCCCGUUGGUGUUGUGUUUGCAUAUAAAACGAUUUGAGCACUCCCUUGUCAGAAAAAUGAUGAGGAAAAUUGACAGCUAUUUGCAUUUUCCUUUCUCCCUAGACAUGACUCCAUAUCUGUCUUCUUCAAUUGUCAGAAACAGAUUUGGAAAUAGGAUCUUUGCUUUUGAGGGGGAUGAAUCUGAUAUAUCUACAGAAUUUGAGAUUUUUGCAGUAGUUACUCAUUCUGGGACACUAGAAUCCGGCCAUUAUGUGACGUAUUUACGCAUAAAAAACCAGUGGUACAAAUGUGACAAUGCUUGGAUUAAUGAGGUUGACGAGGGAAUUGUAAGAGCUUCACAGUGUUAUAUGAUGUUCUAUGUGCACAAGAUGCUUUACUAUAAAUCACACGAAGAUUUGAGUCGCCUGCCCAUUUCCACACGGAUAGAGGCAUUUCACAGGGUAGCUGGUUGCUGCUAAAUGUGAUGUUUCAAAUGAUGCUUACAGUUGGCUGAACAAGAAUUGGACUUUCGAUAUACAUCAAGGCAGGCUAUGAACGGUGAGACCGAGAAUGCUUCUGCUGAAGGAGCCGUUUCAAGAAUCAGAUCCCUUUGGCCUAAGGAAAUCACGAUUCCAUGUUGGACGGAUGGGGAAAGGCAUCACCAAAUUGCAGAAUUUUUGAAGAUCAUGGUUUGAAGCAAGGAUACAUCCAGCUGUGCUGUUAAUGGUUUGUUAACGGGUCUUUGUGAAUGGAUUUUGAGAGAUACUAGGCAACUGGUGGAACUCAACUUCCUCAUGUUGAGGUUUUUGUGCUCUUUACAAGAUUCGUGCUCAGCAUUUUUUUUGACUGCAGGUCAGUCAUGUAUAGGGUAGAUCUUUGGAACUAAUGUUUAUUUGGGGGUUCCACUAACUUUUGCUCUUCCACUUUCUAAAUGUCAAUAUGAUUUGUUAACUUUACUCUAUUCAUCCAA